GAUGUACUACGUAGGAUGCAAGACUAACAUCUGGAUGAGGACAUGACCAUUGUCACAUGCGACGUGAAAUCACUGUACACAUCAAUCCGCCAUAAUGACGGAAUCAACGCAGUGAAACUAUUCCUAAGGAUGUCAGACAUCGACCCUGAAGUUGAUGAACUGUUUGAGAAAAGAGCUCGGGAAUUGAGCCAAAGAUUCAGGGAGCGUGGAUAUGAUGAAAAUGCCAUCCAGCGAGCAUACUAUAGAGCUAAAUCUACUAAUAGGAAUGUCCUCCUUCAGACACGUCCAAGGGACAACAAGGAUAACCAGGUGAGGUUCAUCACCACAUUUCAUUCACAGGCCCAGGAUGUGCGGAAUGUUUUGGCUAAGUAUUGGGAUCUGCUUACAUUGGAUCCCAUACUUGGUCUAUACAUCCAAAAAUUUCCCUCAUUGACAUACAGAAGGUCUACCAAUUUACGGGAUAAAUUAGUUCACAGCCACUACUCGGGGCCUCAGACAAGCAACAUUUUUGGCAGUAGUAACCCUCGAUCGGGUUGCAAAUCCUGUGGUAGAUUUGUGGCUUGUCAAAAUGUGGUUGAUGAUACCUCUUUUCUUGAUUCUAGUGGGAACAUCUACAGGAUAACUCACAACAUCACGUGCAAUACAGUUGGUAUAAUCUACCAUGCCACUUGCCCUUGUGGCCUUAUCUACGUCGGAAUGACGACUCGUGAAUUCAAACGUAGGAUCCGAGAGCACGUCUUGGGUAUCCUGGCUGCUGCCAACCAAGAAGACAUAUCCUGCUUGACAGUGAUUCCUCGCCAUUUCAAAAUUCAUCAUGACUGUAAUCCUUCUGGCCUAAGAUUUCGUGGGAUUGAUAGAAUUUUUAUCAGUCAGAGAGGAGGUGAGUGGAAGAAACUACUCGCCCAACGCGAAGUUAAGUGGAUUACCAAACUUAAAACUAUGCAGCCAACUGGUCUGAACGAUCACAUUAGUUAUGUAUCGUUCAUUUAAUUUAGUUCUUGUUGCACGUACAUUCAGUCUGAUCUGUUUCUAGGUGUCUAUGUCUGAUUUUAAUUUUUACAUUUAUUGUAUUUUAAUAUAUUUGUAUUGUUGUUUUUAUUUACAGUGUACCAAG